GACUGAUUGAUACCCAUACAUCAUAGCCAUCCACAGUGCCUGCAAGAAAGUUGAAGACCAUUUUGAAGGCUACAGUGUAUUGUUUUUUCUAUAAUACUAAUGAAUCUGGAAUGGUUAUGGAGUAGACUGAACCAUCCCUUUAGCUUUCAUAGUUGCAGAGAAGAAAGAAUGCCCAGUUUCGGGGUUUUCUCCAUUGGAGGGUGUAUCGAUGGAUGUCGUGAUCAAGCCCAGACCUCAGGACUUGGCACAAGAAUAUGGAACCUGACAGACAAACCUCUUGAGUUGCAGAUAAGGGUAGGAUCCAUAUUGAAGAAGGGUCACACACUCAAGCCAGGUUCUUCAAAGAGACUGAAAUGCAAGAGCAUUUAUAAGGCUUACAUGCCUAGUGUGGUUGGUGGAGGUGGUGGUGGAGGGAUGAAGAGCUUGCUCUACUACUAUGAUGAGACUUGUCAUCCUUAUGUUUGGAUACAAGACAGUGUGAGUGACUUCUCAAGGAUGGUGAAGCAACAGUAUAUAAGCCUUGAAGACUUGAGGGAUUGCUCUGAGAUUAAGGUCUUCAGAGACCAUCAGAGAGGCUCUGUCAUGGUCAGGAAGAAACCCAGACCAGAAUUUUGCUGAUCUAUAUGUACUUUUCCUCAUUUCCUUGCAAUCAGAGUUCUUUCUUUGUAUUGCCUUAUGCAAAUAUAUACAUAUGGAGAAUGGAAAUAUCUUUCCCUUGUAAGUGUGAUGUGUUGGAAUACUAAAAUGUCUCUGAAACACCUUCUUCUUCUUCUUCUAA